AUGCCAAGCUUAACGCUCUCAGAGAGCAGUCUGAGGGCACAUUCACUGCCCCAAUGUCCUAAGCCUUUUAAGCCACAAAUCCUUUGCUUACUUCCUUUGAAUUCUUUCUCCAAGAAACGAAAGUCUUCUAAACAUUCCUAUGGCAACAACCCAAGUUUUAUUUUCUCUAGGUUUUCAAGACAAUGCUGCGUGAAUUCAGUUGAAGAGGCAUUUGGACUUGUUUUAUCCAAGGAGGUUCGGGACCUUGGUUGCGAGAAUUACCAAGGCACUACAGAUUCAGUUUCAGAUAAAUCACUAGUGAAGAAAAAGUCAUUAAGGGAGCAUCAUAUGGUGGCUUCUGCUACAUCAUAUGGUGGUUUGCUGAGGUUUAUGUUGAUGUUUGGGUAUCUAACACUUCAAGGCUCUCAACCGGCAGUUGCUGGAAUAGAUAUUUCAAGUGGAUUUCAAUCAAUUCCUUAUGUCGGGGACCUUGGUGAUAUUAGCACAGGUUUUGCUUCAGUUAGGAGAAUCUCCCUAUGUCUUUUACAACUGACAUUUUAUUAUGCAUAG